CAAACCGCCAAAAUAUCGUCUGUCAACAUUGCCUUGUCUUGUUCGAGUUUUUGUCUUUAAUAGUUUUUCUUCAUUCUUAAAAGUUAUUGAUUUUGUUCGCUUUAUAAAAUAAAAAUAAUGUCGAUUACCAUUGAAGUAAAUAGUGGUAAAAUCAAAAAAGAUAGACAACAGCUGGACAUGCAUUUCUUGCCGGCAAACAUCAAGGGUAACGGCGAGGCCAAUGUGGAGCAGUACUUUUCAGCUUAUACUCGUAAAGAGAAUGGCUUCCUUACAAAUGCUUUGCGCGGAUAUCCUCUGCAGGGAGAGAUAAAAAAGGUUCCAGCAAAUAUUACGGGUGUUGUCUUACAGGAGACCCGCAAACCAUUGGACGAGGAAGCUGAACGCAUACUGAGAGUUAAGGGCACAUUUGAGGAGUUCACAUAUUGGAAUUAUGAUAAAAUUCCUUCGGCUUCGGAUGGUUAUACUCAAGCCCUGCAAAUUGUACAAUUAGCUGAUGUGUUGUCUGAAACAAUAUCAGAGGAGGAAGUUCUCAAGGAAUUAAAAGCAAAUGGAAAAUAAUGAGUUACAGUUCUAUCCUUGUUUUAGUAUUUUGUAUGUAUUCCAAAUCCUAAUUUAUAAAAUAGAUUGCUGUUCUAGAGUAGUUUUACGUAAAAAGAAAUACGCACCAUUCUACUCAUUGAUCACUCUAAGCCUUUCUGCUGGAAGUCAAGGUACGACUAUUAGAGCCUUUCAACACCUAUUAUAAGCCCCCAAUGGUCUUCUAUAUUAAGCCCUUAAAAUUAACUACUACAUUUUUUAUCGAAACAUCGACUCGACUGACUAUGAAUUUGGCACCUUUAGAUUUCAGCUUGGACGAGUUAUUUGCUAUUUUGCAUUUUUUUGAGGCAGUCAUAUUUUUUAAGUUGGUAGCUGCUUAAGUACAAAAUAUAUAUUUAAGUCUUUAAUACAGUACCCCAUUUCUGUUAGUAUGUAAAAAUAUUAUUCAAAUAAACUAGAAAAUUUAUUUUC